CAGGAGCCGGCUGCUGGGCUCCGCAGCGCAGGCAGCGCAGCGCGGCGCCCGGGGCCUGGCCCCAUGCCCGCAGCCCCGCCGRACCGCCCUUGAGCGCGGGCGUCCAGCCCGCGCCCCUCGCCCGCCGGCACCAUUGCCCCGACGGCGCGGCCGGGCGGCCCGGCUCUCCCCAGGCUCCGCGCCGGCCGGAAGACGCUGCUGGCGGCCGCCGCGGGCGUGGUGAUGCUGCUGGUGCUGGUAGUGCUCAUCCCCGUGCUGGUGAGCUCGGGCGGCCCGGACGGCCACUAUGAGAUGCUGGGCACCUGCCGUAUGGUGUGCGACCCCUACCCCGCGCGAGGCCCCGGCGCCGGCGCGCGGCCCGACGGCAGCGACGCCCUGAGUGAGCAGAGCGGCGCUCCCCCGCCCUCCACGCUGGUGCAGGGCCCCCAGGGGAAGCCGGGCCGCACGGGCAAGCCGGGUCCCCCCGGGCCUCCCGGGGACCCUGGUCCUCCGGGUCCGGUGGGGCCGCCMGGGGAGAAAGGUGAGCCAGGCAAGCCGGGCCCUCCAGGGCUGCCGGGCGCAGGGGGCAGCGGCGCCAUCAGCACGGCCACCUACACCACAGUGCCACGAGUGGCCUUCUACGCCGGCCUCAAGAACCCUCACGAGGGUUAYGAGGUGCUGAAGUUUGACGACGUGGUCACCAACCUAGGCAACAACUACGAUGCGGCCAGCGGCAAGUUUACGUGCAACAUUCCCGGCACCUACUUUUUCACCUACCACGUCCUCAUGCGCGGCGGCGACGGCACCAGUAUGUGGGCGGACCUCUGCAAGAACGGUCAGGUGAGGGCCAGCGCCAUUGCCCAGGAUGCAGACCAGAACUAUGACUACGCCAGCAACAGCGUGAUCCUGCACCUGGACGCGGGUGAUGAGGUCUUCAUCAAGCUGGAUGGAGGCAAAGCGCAUGGAGGCAACAGCAACAAAUACAGCACUUUCUCCGGCUUCAUCAUCUACUCUGAUUGAGCUCCCAGCAUCCCUCUCCAUCUUCUGUUCAACCCUUGGGCUUCCCCCCCAGGAGCGGCAGACAAAACCCAUUCCCUACCRACCCCUUAGCUGCCUGGCCCAGGCUGCCAACCCUCCCUGGCUGUGAUUCCCCAAGCCCAC